UUUCCGCCCGUUUACAGGCAUUUACAUAAAACCUCGCAAAGGCAAGAAGUUCUCACAUUGACAUGACGACCUUGGCCAUCAGCUGCGGGGAUGAAUUCUUCCUUCUUUCUUCCAUUUCUUCAUUCAUUAUCGCUGUCAUUCUUUAACUCUUUACUUCACUACUGCCCCCAAGUCUUGCCAGGUGCAGGACUUUCUUCAUCUUUUCAUUUCUUCACAAAAGCCACGGCCGAAGAUGGCGUCGACGUCGUCCAGCAUUUCUACCCUUGAACAACAGCCAGAGGCAGGACCCUUACCUGUGAAGCGAGGAGAAAUUGGGUUUUCAGAGGAACUCCAUGGGCAGAGUGAGCAGACGCGAGCGACAACACCCAUUCCGACUCUUCCAAUACGACAUCCCGCUGAUAGAGAUGCUGCUCCUGACAUAGGCGCAAAUCCAACCCCUUCCUCACCUUCAUCCGGCAAUCCUUCCUACGAUCCUUCCUGGUCCAGCAAACCUUUUAUGUCCUUUUGGAAAAGCAAUACGACGCUCGGCGGAGUGCAGCUGGCCACCCUAUUGGCAUUCUUGGUGCAGUUAUUCCUCCUGGUUGGAACCAUAUCAGCAUGGAUCGCUGCGGCACAAUACCUGUCGCGAGCGGCAGCGGGAGGUCCGAUGGCCAGCAGCUCUGUCAUUUUCGUUCAUGUCAUAUUCGCAGUAGGCAUCCUGGGCCAGCUCCUAUUCCUCGAGCGUCGGAUAUACCGCCUGCGCGCCGAGAGAUACGCAUUCCUGCGCUCAGAUGAGAUUCUUCCUACCUAUCACAGACAGGCAUCCGUUAAUACGACCAUGUCAUAUGCGCCUUGGCAUCGGCCACCACUACCAACAUACGCUGCUGCCCUCGCUCAGAGUGGGGUCGGUACGGGCGACGUCGAGGAUCAUAUAAUAGCGGCACCUCCUCCCCCAGCAUAUGGAAACACGCGCGGAAGCACGCUUUUGCUGAGAGGGUUCCUUAGAGAGAGCUUGAGGGCACAAAGGCCGAUCCAAGAUGAGCAGUGGGAAGCAAUUCAGGAUGCGGAGAGAGCGAGAAAGCUGGAAGAAACGCUGGCCAGGUUGGAACGACCUGUGAGUGCACGUUGAAGAUGACACUCAUGUUUUGCACAGACAGAGCUGUAACUUGUUAGAAGGAUAUUGACCAUCUUUCGUGCUUGUAUCUUGGGAAAUCUAUUCACAGCAUUUAUGUGUAUCAAUCGGCGAAACAAUACAAAGUGCCCCGUUAAACAAGGAUCUCCUUGAUACGGUUUGAUUCCGUCAAAUGCUACCCUGAUCGAAGCAGCGCAGCCCUCAUCGAGUCAUUCUGUCAUUUGCUGACUAACUUCCUGGUGAUCUGCCCGGCAUUUGCAAUGCAGUUCGUGAGUCACAUCUAACUUUUGCGGUCCUCCAGAGUCUUUGAAAGGUU